AUGCUGAAGAAUUGGGACAUAAACACAUAUAAACCUAGAGAAUUCUCUGAUACAAUUUAUCACCAUUGUUGUUUUCUCCUCUUUUAUAUAGACCCUUUUAUAGCUUGGUUACUGUUUGGAUUGUUCGUUUCCAUAACCACUACAAUGCUUUUUCCAAUAGUUUUAAUCUUGUCAAUUUUUACAAAUUUUAUACAUUGUCAAUUUCAACCACUGUCUGAACCAUUCAUUUUAGCUGCUUAUGAUCCAGAUUAUUCCCCGUAUGAUGAUAAUAAAAUCAUGAAUCAAAACAUUCAAAGAUUUGGUUACAAUAAGACAAAAGUCAUCUUGUCGAAACAUAUCAAUACCACCAAUAUUUAUCUUGAAGGAAGAAUAUUGGAUAAUUCAAGUUAUCAAAUUGAUGCUACUUUAAAAGGAAUGUUUAUUCGAGUUGAUAAAUUUACUCAUCGAUUAAAAUUAUGUCCUAAUGGGAAAACAUCAAGAUAUUUUUCUAUUGAAAAAGAUAUGUUAUUUUAUAAAAAUGAUACUAUUUGGUCAGUUUGUUAUGAUGAAUUUGAAGAUGUUUCAUAUAUUUAUCAUGGUAGUAUUGAUGAUAAUAAAAAAUAUUGUUGUCCUGAUAAUGGCAAAGAAAUAAUCUUAAGAACAUUGGGAAAAUAUGAUGCAAGCGGAGCUCUACCUGAUUAUACAAAGCAUCCUCAUAAAAAAAACAGUAACGUCUUAGGUUAG